AUGGUGGCCGAGGCGGAGGUGAUGCAUCAGGCUCCCGUGCCAGUGCUGGAGGUGCAGUACCACCGGUGCGUGACGACCAAGGGGGUUGAGGACGUCGUCGGGAUGUCCGCGGCUGCGGCAGCGGCGGCGGCGGCGGCCGUAGCCACGCCCGCGGAGGUCGGGGUUGAGGUCGAGAUCGAGGUCGCCGUGGAGGUGCCUCUCAUGCGGUUGGAGCAGCCUGAUGCUGCACCAAGUGUGUCUAUGGACGUGCUACAGUUUGUGCCCACCAUUCGGUCUGGUAGCUUUGCCGAUAUUGGUCCUAGGAGGUACAUGGAGGACGAACACAUCCGGAUAGAUGAUCUUUCCGCUCAUCUCGGCUCACUGUUGGUCUGCCCUUUGCCUAGUGCCUUCUAUGGGGUUUUUGAUGGCCAUGGCGGUCCAGAUGCCGCAGCCUACAUGAAAAGGCAUGCAAUGAGGUUCUUAUUUGAGGAUAGUGAGUUCCCACAAGCAUCUCAAGUUGAUGAGAUGUACCUUCAGUCUGUUGAGAGCUCUGUUCGCAGAGCUUUCUUGCAGGCGGAUCUUGCUCUGGCCGAUGAUUUGGACAUCAGCCGCUCUUCUGGAACCACGGCGCUCACUGCAUUAGUCUUUGGGAGGCAACUACUGGUUGCGAACGCCGGGGACUGCCGUGCGGUCUUAUGCCGAAAAGGAGUCGCGAUGGAGAUGUCUCGAGACCACCGCGCAAACUACGUGGAGGAGUGCGAGAGGGUCGCCGCAUCGGGGGGAUACAUCGAGGACGGCUACCUCAACGGGGUCCUCUCCGUGACGCGGGCCCUGGGCGACUGGGACAUGAAGACGCCCGACGCGUCGGUGUCCCCGCUCAUCGCGGAGCCUGAGUUCCGGCAGGCCACGCUGGGCGAGGACGACGAGUUCCUCAUCAUGGGCUGCGACGGGAUCUGGGACGUGAUGACGAGCCAGCACGCGGUGAGCCUCGUGCGGCGGGGCCUGCAGCAGCACGACGACCCCGCGCGGUGCGCGAGGGAGCUCGUGAUGGAGGCCAAGCGGCUGGAGACGGCAGACAACCUUACGGUCAUCGUGGUGUGCUUCGUGUCGGAGCUGGGGUCGCAGCAGCAGGAGCAGCCCGCGAGGCCGAGGAGCUGCAAGGGCCUGUCAACGGAGGCGCUGUGCAACCUGAGGAGCUGGCUGGAGACCGACCACCGCUAG